AUGUGGAGCAAUAAGCGGCUCCUUCAGAACGCAAAAAAUCCCUGUCUUCGUGCAGAGCUCCAGCAGCAGCAGCAGCAGCAGCAGCAGCAGCAGCAGCAGCAGCCGCAGACGCAGGAAGUGGGCCUGUAUGCUGAGUACCAGACAGAACCAAUGGAGAGGCAAACUGUCUCCAAUGGUCUCCUCCCCGUCGGGCCUCAGGGAACCAUCGAAGUUGGAAAGCUCGCUCCUGUGCCUAUUGGUGCUGUGCAUGUAUCUGUCUCCGAAUGGCAGCGAGAGAACCCAAGGUCUCCUCUUAGCAGCGCGUCUCUGGCUCAGGCUUUGCAUGCAGCAGCAGCAGAGGUUGUGGGGCCCCCCGGCUGCCGCAUGUGGGCCCCUGCUGUUGUAGGCAGCACCCACUCCCUAUUCAAGGCUAUUCUAUACACUGCUGCAUACUCGCAGCAGCACCCACUGCAGCAGCAGCAGCAGCAGCAGCAGCAGCAGCGGAUGCGGCAGCAGCAGGUGCAGAUGCAGCAACAGCAGCGACAGGAAGCUGCUGCUGCUGCUGCAGCAGAGGGAACGUUGUCGUCUUUCUCAGGUGUAUUGACAGAUGCUGCAGUGACACCGGCAGGAGAAGCCAGGCAGCGUGCUGCUGCUGCUGCUGCUGCUGCUGCUGCUGCUGCUGCAGCAGCAGAAUGGGAAACAAUUUAA